AUGCAAUCACGACGACCUCGUAUCGAUGUGGAAGUCGCUCCACCAGACGAACAUACUUCUCUCCUCAGAGCUGACAUUCCAAAUGACGACUCGGUCACCUUGACACAUCGAAUAUCCCCUCGGAUCGCACACCGUCUCUAUCUAUCUCACUUCUUAUCUACUUGGAACUCUCGAGUCUUCGAGUUCGGCGCAGUGCUGUACCUUGCAACCAUAUUUCCCGGCACGUUGCUUCCCAUGUCGGUGUAUGCUCUCACGCGAGUCUUCCAGCGAUUAGCUGUGGCAUCCUCUUGCGCCAUAUUCUACAUCUUAUACAUCCGCCUCUCAUCUAGUAACAAUGGUCGCAUAGUCAUGCUCAGCGUUGUCUCCUUCUUAGCCUGUGUCGAGAAGCUGUACUCCAUCGUAAACCUCGUCUCGAUUGAGAAAGACUGGGUCGUUGUCCUCGCUGAGAAUGAUAUAUCCGCCCUGGCUACCUUAAAUGCGCAGAUGCGACGAAUCGACCUGCUGUGCAAGCUCCUCGGGCCUCUGUGCAUUGCACUCAUUGAUGGCCUAUCGACAGAAGCAGCUAUUAUCGCCAAUUUCACCAUGAACAUCACUUCGGUAGUGGUAGAAUACUUCGCAAUAGCUUGGAUCUACUACGAAGUCCCAGACCUCCAAGAGAGUAGAUCAAAGCCUCGGUCAGCGCAACCAGGCCCACCGUCGCCUCAGAGAGAUUCUAUUGCGACUGCAGGGGCCAUUACCCAGACUCGCAGCGCUUUCAGUCGGUUCAUUGCUGAUUUCAGCUUUUACUUCCACCAUCGCGUAUUUCUCCCGUCAAUCGCGGGCGCGCUACUAUAUCUCACUGUUCUUAGCUUUUCCGGUCAAAUGGUCACGUACCUGGUUGCCUCUGGUUAUAAUGCAACACAAAUAACCAUUGCGAGAACUUUAAGCGUUGCGUUUGAGGUCAUGGCCACCUGGGUUGCGCCUUGGCUGAUAAGUCGGAUUGGACCGGUGCGAGCAGGUCUCUGGUUGAGUAAUUGCCAGGUCAUACCUCUUAUCGCUGGCAUCACAGUUUUUGGGGGUUUCAUGGACAAUCCAGUCAUCUCUGCUGGCGGUCUAGUCAUUGGGACCAUUGUGAGUCGACUAGGUCUCCGAGGUUUCGACUUGUGUAUGCAAGUCAUUGUGCAGGAGGAAGUAGAGGCUGAGAGCCGUGGCUCUUUCUCUUCGGUUGAAGCUGCCUGGCAAAAUGCCUUUGAGCUGCUUUCCUACUUUUCAACAAUUGUGUUCUUUCGUCCCUCACAGUUCUUUUGGCCAUCAUUCAUUUCUGGUACAGCCGUCACUACAGCAAGCUUCGCCUACACUAUCUACGUCUACCGUCGAAGAGGUCACUUGUUGCACUUGGAAAAGCUCACAGACCUUUUAUGGAAGGAGGCCGGAGGUACUACUUGCCUCUAG